AUGGAGGAGAAUGCACCGAUGGCAACCUCCCACGGCAGUUUACCAAGAGCAAACUCACGAAAUGAUCGCUCACGCCUUUUGCGUGGAGAACGACCACAGCGACUUCGGCUACCGACGACUUCUUACAUUGCCGAACCGUCACCGUGCACUCCUUGUUCAGUGUUCUCGUUCGAUCUUCCUAAUAGUCCUUGCAUUGUUAAGGGACGUCCCAGGCAUGCACGAUCGACCAGCCAUGGUUCCGCGAUGACGCCACGAAGUAUGUUCUCGUUUGAUAUGGCUUUCGACUUCAUCAUGCCAAGAACUCCACGAACUCCACGGACUCCGAUUUCGCCGAAGACACCGAAAACUCCACGCUUUCCAGAGUUACCUACCAUUGAAGAAGCCAGGACAUCUUUCAGUUUCGAAAUCCCGAAACCAAAAGAUGAAAAGUCGUCCAGAACAGAGUCAGGUGAUACCACAAUCGGCACAGUGACAUCGAGAUGCACCGAUUGGAAAUCAAUACGGCUUAUGAUGAUCGUGAUCCUACUUACUCGAAUUCAAUUCACAGUAUAUUUCGCGUCAUUGUGGCCAUUCUUGCAAGAGGUCGAUGAUAGCGCCACCAUGCAAGACUAUGCGGUGAUCAGUGCUGUAUAUAGCAUAGGAAUUGCUGGUUCGGCUCCAUUUUUCGGUUACUGGUCGAAUAAGCUCGGCUGCAUAAGGAUUCCUUCGAUGUGCUCAAUGAUUCUGAUGCUCAUAUCCAAUGCUAUGUAUAUAGUUAUGCACAAUUUCAACGGUUACGGUAAAUAUGCAAUGGGCGUGGCCAGGUUCCUAGCUGGUGUGGCUGCAGGAGGCAACUCACUUCUGCCCACUUAUUGGACUUAUGCAGCCGCUCCUGAAGACCGUUCUACCGCUGCGGCCCUGUUUGAUGGCGCAUUUUGUUUAGGAAUUGCUUUAGGACCAGGUGAGAAUCAAUUUUUCGGGGUCGUUGCACGAAAUCUUUAG